UCGGCAGCUGGCUGAGAGCUGCAGGGCUGCAGGCCAGUUAUCUGCAGACCCUUUUCUCCCCCUCCCAGAAUCUUUCCAACCUACUGCUGCUCAUUGAUGGCUGUGGUGUUGACCAACUAAAUGUUUCUCCUGCGCCUUAGGAAGGGUAUUUUUGCAGACUUGAAGGCCUCUCCGUCUUACCUCCUAGGCCAUGUAUGCAUUUGAAGAAUUCAGUGAGCAGAGUAUUUGCCAAGCCCGGGCGUCAGUCAUGGUCUAUGACGAUACCAGUAAGAAAUGGGUGCCAAUAAAGCCCGGCCAGCAAGGGUUCAGUCGGAUCAACAUCUACCACAACACUGCCAGUAACACAUUUAGAGUAGUCGGAGUUAAACUACAAGAUCAGCAAGUAGUGAUUAAUUAUUCAAUUGUGAAAGGACUGAAGUACAAUCAAGCGACGCCCACUUUCCAUCAGUGGCGUGAUGCACGGCAGGUGUAUGGAUUGAACUUCGCCAGUAAGGAAGAAGCGACUACGUUCUCAAACGCAAUGCUGUUUGCUUUGAAUAUCAUGAACUCACAGCAAGAUGGAGGUCCAGCAACCCAACGCCAGGUUCAAAAUGGACCGUCUCCAGAUGAAAUGGAAGUUCAGAGAAGGCAAGCGAUGGAGCAGCAGCAGCGCCAGGAAUCUCUGGAAAGAAGAACCUCUACCACAGUCUCUACCAUUCAGAUUAAAGUGUCUUCUUCCCCUUUCCACGGCCACUCUCCUCCUCCUGACUACAGUAACUACAACGCUUCCACUUCUGCUGCCACUGUUCCUCCUCCACCUCCAUAUGCCAAAGUGAUCUCUUCGGCGUCUCCUUCUCUCCCUGAACCCACCAGCAGAGCCUCUUCCAUCCAGUCUCCUCACAGAGCCAGAGAAUCCCCUGUAGUUGGCCAUCAACAAUCUGCCUCUGAUUUCUCGCCAUCUCCCAGCCCAUCCUAUUGUCCAGCAUGGCCAGGCCACAAGCCUGUUACAAGGACCACCAAACAAAUCUCUUUAUCCCCUCCCCCUGCACCUGCUUCCCAUUAUCCUUUCACCCCUCAGCAGCCCAUCAGACGUUCCUCUCUUUCAUAUUCUCCUCAGUCUUCCUCUCCUCCUGUAACCCUCACGCCCCCUAUUCAAAAGGGGUUGGUCCUGCAGCCCCAUAUUCCAGUAGUGCUUCCUGUGAUUCCAGCCCAGAAUGGCAGGAUCAGAGGGUCUACAGACACAGUGGUCCAAGUCGCCUCAGAAAAUGUACCUCAUCUAGGUCUGAAUGGCCACCCUGAUGAACAUGUAGCCACACAAAUUCCUCUAACCUCCUCUAGGACCCAGGUAAAGAGAACAGACGAGGGCUUUUUCUCCUAUUUGGAAGCUGUGCCCAUUUCCCAUCUGCCUGUUAUAACCAGCCCAACUGGGUCCUUUAUCCAGCCUUUUUCGCAACCUUCCCAACUUCCACCUCACGCGCCACAUCACCUCUAUCAAUCCAUGUCACACUUUGUUUCGUUACCUCCCCAUUACGCGGCUGUUUCUGAGGUGAAUUUGCCCAAGAGGACCCCUCCUUACAUGACUUCAUCAACCAUUUCCCACUUGAGCCCUAUCCUUCCACCAGGUCAUCCCUCUGCUGCUGUUGGAGUACCCUUGUCGUCUGGUGGACCUCCACCACCUCCUCCUCCACCGGUACCUCCUCCACCUACAGGAACUGCGCCGCCUCCCCCUCCCCCCUUGCCAGCGGGGACUGGCCCUGAUGAUGGGUCAGUAUCAGGACUCGCAGCAGCUCUGGCUGGUGCCAAAUUAAGAAGAGUACAACGGCCAGAGGAUGGUUCGGGAGGCUCCAGCCCCAGCGGGGCUUCCAAGAGCGAUGCCAAUCGAACAAGUAGUGGAGGAGGAGGACUAAUGGAAGAAAUGAAUAAAUUGCUGGCAAAAAGGAAAGCAGCAUCACAGUCAGACAAGCCAACUGACAAAAAAGAAGAGGAAAGCCAAAAUGAAGAUACAAGCACCUCACCUUCACCCGUUACGCGAGGCCCUGUCCAGCAGCAGAAUUCUUCAGAUGCUGGGAAGAAGCCCUGGGAGAGAAGCAACUCAGUGGAAAAACCCGUCGCUUCAUUACUCUCUAGAAACCUAUCAGUGGGGAGGAGUCCUGAACCUAAGAGCCCUAUUCAGUUUCAGCCAUCUUUUAGGAUGAAGCCAGCAAGCAGCAGCAAUGACGUGGCAAUGGACACCUUAGAUUUUGAUCGCAUGAAACAGGAAAUAUUGGAGGAAGUUGUAAAAGAGUUACACAAAGUAAAAGAAGAGAUAAUCGAUGCCAUCAGGCAAGAGUUGAGUAGAAUCAGCACCACAUAAUGUCGAUGGAGCCAUCAGGAAGGUACAGAGGAUGUGAACGGCAAUUGGAUCAUUUCAGAGUGUACCAAGAAUCAUGCGCGAUGGUGGAAGAGGACCCCCCCGGCACCGUCUUUUGUUCUUAAAAUCCUUUUUAUUAGCAGACUCAGCAGACUUUGAAGCUUGCUGCUGCCUUGGAGUUGCUUCAUUUAAAAAAAGAAAAGAAAAGAAAAAAAAAGUCUUAAAAAUCUUACAAAAGAAAAUAUUAAAAUUUAAAUUUCCGGAUUUUUUAAAACUUCAUCUGACAAUGCGCAUCGGAUUUGGUCAGCCUUUUUUUUUUUUUUGUAUUUUGUAUUUGCUUAUUUAAAUGUAUGACUUUUUUUUUCCUUUUUAGUAUAGUAGGUAAGGAAACACGUGAACCAUUCGCUUUUACUAGAUGACUUCAAAGUAAUUUUACUGGUAGUCUGCAAUGUAUACAAAGACCCCCUUUUUGCCAACAGAAACCUAUUAGUGGCAUCGCCAGUGGAGGCAGAGAGAUGCCAGCUGCGUCAGCCAGCGGAUUCCUGGUCUCUCGGAGCUAUUACAAUAUUAAAGCGGUACAUCAGUGCAUCACAGUAUCUGUGUUCAUAUUGGUAAUAAAUUGUUCAUUGUCCGUGUG